AUGUCUAGCUUACAGCCAGCUCACAAGGGGAUCUUGAUUCUACUCGGAGUCGCCCUAGUUUUCUUCUACUUCCAGAGUAGCUCAGACUAUGGUUCGUCUAUCAGCUUGAGAGAACGCACAAAGGUACACAGGCGAUGUGUUACACCACGCACUAUUGCUCUCACGUAUGACGAUAAUCCUAAUGAGGGCAUAUACGACCUCUUGGCGCUCUUAAAGAGCUACAACGCAACAGCGACGUUCUUCCCGAAUGCUCCGCACCAUUACAAUACGGUGAGAUUGGAUAAAUACGUUCAUGAUGCACAUGCAGCGGGGCAUCAAAUUGGAAUCCAUACGUGGGACCAUAUUAACCUAGAUGAUGCUGGCCAUGAAAGGGCCUUGGAUAAUAUCGAAAAGAUGAAUGCGUGGCUAUAUAAUGUCAUCGGAUCACGAUCCAGUUUCGUUAGACCUCCUUAUGGUGCCUGUGAAAUUGACUGCAGGAUGACCUUGACUGGCAACGGGUACAAAAUUAUACAGUGGAACAUGGACACGUUAGACUGGAUCUUUGGGACUGAUGACAAGUUUGAGUCCACCAUUGAGAUUAUCAAGAAUUGGGUGGGCAAUCAACCCGACAUCGAUAAGGACGACUAUGCAGGGCCCAUCGUCUUGAUGCAUGGCCGAUACCAUACAAGUGCUACGGUUGUAACGCAACAUUUGUUGGAUCUUUUUACCUCCAAGGGUUUCAAAUUUGUGUCUAUUUCUGAAUGUUUGGGCUUGGAUAGAUGGUAG